GCGGGCUCGAAGCGCUGACGGCGGCGGGAGAAGGUGUGGAGCAGGAUGGGGUUUGCUGAAGACAAAGUGUACGAGUACAUAUUGAGAAACUUGAGGAAUUUCAGGAACAUCCGGGUGGCAUCGCUGGCCGAUUCCCUGAGCUGCCUGACCGACGCCGACAGAGAUGAGCUUCACUCCCGGGAGGAGACACGGGGCAGCCAGGCCACCGUCUACAGGUUCUACCAGCACCUGAAGUGCCGGCAGGGCUGGGUCCCUGACCUCAUCGAUGCGCUGCGCCACAACAACGCAGGGCACCUGGCCGACGAGCUGCAGCGUGUCUACGACUCCUGGCAAGUCUGUACUCAGUCACAAACCAACUCAGCUCCUCCAGGUGCGCCGGCUCCUGCUGCUGCUCCCCUCCCUCCUGCAGCCAGCGGUGCCCAUCCUCCUGCCUCUGCCUGUGCCCAGACCCCAAACCCGGGGCCUGUCCCGGUUCCGGGUGUGCCCUUGGCAGAGCAGCUGUGCCGAGACCUGCCCAGGGCUGCCACCACUGACCAGGACACCAGGAUGCCAGUGCAGGAGUCGCUCUCCAAAGCCCUCUCAGAGCAAGAGAGUCCCCAACCACCUCUGCCUGGCAGCGCUGUCUGUGAUGGAACGAGCACCGGGAACAGCAGCGAGGGGCAUCUCCUGCGACCCACUGAGGCCACCCGGGGGGCAGCCAGCACGGACGUGGCAUCGGCCGCGCCCGCCGAGCAGGGCCAGGCCUGGCUGAGCCGCCGGCAGCAGCCGGUGUGCGUGGACAACGGCUGCUUCGGCAACGCCAAGCACCUGCAGCGCGGCGCGCCGGGCCUGGGGCUGCCAGCCAGGCAGCCAGGCACUGCCCCCCGCCCCCAGCCUCCCCUCAACGAGCCCCAGGAGGACUUGUACGUCUCCACCGAGUCACCCCCGGGGCUGGAGGGAGACGCUCACGGCGGGGGGCUGCAGCCCUCAGACGCCACAGAGAAAAAGCAAGCUGUGCCCAGCUGUGAGCCCCCGGGGAGCUUCGUGGAUGUGCGCAGCCCCCUCCUCAUCCAGCAGCAGUUCGAUGUGGAGCAGAAACGGGGCAGGAUGCUGCAAGAAGAUGGAGGAGAUACAGCAGACACACGGAUGGAAACAGCCACCCCAGUUGCUACCCAUGUGCCUACAGACACUUCUCCAUCUCACACCACUCCCCUGAAUCUUGCACAAGAGGACAAGCCACCUGUGGGGGAGAUGGCCAGCAGCACCCACUCUCCAGCAAAGGAGAAAGUGCACCCAGCCUUGGUGGACCCUCUCCCACAUGUUGCAGGAAGCUUGGAAGUCCCACCUGGGAGGAUGGCAUCCCAGGUGAGCUCUGGCACACGUGUCUGCAGCGAUGUGGAGGAUGAUGUGGAGCUCAGCAAGCCAGGUACCCUCGUCUCUUUAUCAAGCUUCAGCCUCAGCAGCGACCCACUCUUUAUGAGCACAGAUAACUCCAGGUCAGGAGAAGCAUUCUCCAGGGUCUCCUUGAGUUGUCCAGCUCCAGCAGUUCAUGAAGACCCCAGGGGAGAGGAGGCAGCUGGAGCAAGCAGAGAUUCCUGUCCACCUCCGAGCUGGGACAGCACCUCCCUGAGUAUCUAUGAGAACCACUGCCCCAGCAUCCAGCUCGGGGAAGGCAACAACAUCCAGGAUGGAGCAAAUCCCCUUGGAAACCCUCCAGUUUUGGACUCAAGCAAAGGCUGUGGGGCUGUGAGCAGCUUGCCUGAGGCCAGAGUGUCCCCUGGGGACAGCAGCAGACCAUCCCUGCCCUACAUCCUUCCAGCUGUGGGCAUCGCUCUGAUCUCAGCCUUUCUGGUGUACAAUCGACUGCAGAAAUAGCCCUGCAGGGCGUGGGAUGCCAGCACUGUCACUUGGCCCAGGUGAUGCCUCUUUGCAGCAGGAAUUUGGCCAACAUGUUUAAAGCCUGGAGAGCAGCAGCUGUGGGGAGAUGGUAGGGCUGGUGUUAAAUCUCUUUCUAGAAGGUUUUGCUGGAAGAGGCCUUGGUUGUGUGAUGCUGUUGGGUUUGGGUCUGGUCCUACCCUGCUUCCCAACCAUCUUAUCUGUAGCCUUCUUUUACAGCCUUAGAAAGGGUCUUGCUCAGGGAAUGACAUCUUGAGUCCAAAAAGAAAGUUCUUGUGAUUGUCCACAUCUUUCAGGAAGGCCCAGGGAAAUAUCCUGGUGGUCUAAGGGCUGCCCCCUGGACUGUGCAGCAAGGAGAAGUUUUGUAGACACCCUGUGAAAGUGGACCUGAUAUUAUUGGCUCUGUCUGCUCUUCUUGGCUUGAAAACUUGCUUGAGGAUCUGUGGAGCACCCUUCACUAGGUGCCUCAUGUUGAAUUUGCCCUGGUGGCUCUGGUU